UAUGCAAAUCAAGUGCGAAUGUUUUUCUGUAUAUGAUUUCACGCAAACGUGAAGAUUCAAUUUCACAACAAUACGGUGUGUUUGAACUAUUGUGGCAGUGUUUUGGAAGCAAUCGCGCAACAUUUCUAAACAUGGGUGAUUUAGAAGCAGUGUUUAACAGUUUCUGUGCCUUCGGAGCCGGAGCUAAAGGGGGCGCUGCGAUGAUGGAUAACGCGAAAUUUGCGAAGCUUUUCCGUGAUUUGAAGUUGUUGGACAAGAAACUCACAUCAACAGAUAUUGAUAUCAUAUUUAACAGGCCAGAAGUUAAGAGCAAAACAGAUCGAAAAAUCAGCUUUGCUCAGUUUCAAAAAGCUCUUGGGCUCGUGGCUGAGAAGAAAUUUCCGGGCGAAGGAGAGGCUGGUUUGGAGAAACUAAAGACAAAAAUAGCCGCCGGAAAAGGACCUGGUACUUCAGGAGUUACGAAAGCAACAAAGGCUGGUGGGGUUGACCGCUUGACGGACACGUCAAAAUACACGGGCUCACAUAAAGAAAGAUUUGACGGUUCAGGAAAAGGGAAAGGACUGGAAGGACGGAAAGAUUUCGAUGAUAAAGCGGACGCAGGAUACGUUGGAGGAUACAAGGGGAAAGAUAGCUACGAUAAAACACACUGAACGUUAUCACUAUAUUGAACUCCCUUCUUAUCAUUAGCUGUCCCUUAUUGCUCCAAGCAUGAACUGCAUGAACAUAUACAAACCUUAUCUUAGUCUUAUGUAGAUAGGCUUUUAAAACUUCAUUUUGCCUUUGUUUUCAACUUAAUAAUAAUUAAGCUAUUGUUUAUAUAUCACCUUGCUAUUCCAGAUGGAUACAUCUGAUCUAAAAUA